CUUGAUGAAUCCGUGUCUGCUCACCCUGGCUUGCUCGUUGUGCAACCAAUUAAGCCUGUACGCUCUUGUUUUGGAAUUAUUGAGCACAGCUCAGUAAGUUAACUUAUCCCGGAUGUCUUAAUUCUGCUUUUGUGCAACAGGCCCCAGGUAUCAGAGGCUAAAACAUCAGCUGAACACAUCUGCAAAAGAAGGGGGCGGUUACGUUAACUCCAGAGGCAAAGUAAACAGUCCAGCCAGUUAGCCAGUUACCAUAUAACACCGGCUGUCACGCGUGUGUAUGUUGUUGUCAUGGCCGAAGCAGCAACGAAACCAAAGAAGGCAAAGGUUUUGUCGGAGGAGAGUAAGAAGAGAAAAAGGGAGAGUGACAAAAUCAGAGCCCGGACGAGGAUCAAUAUUGGUACAGCGUUCGCUCGCUGGCGUGAGCUAAAGGAGGAGGAGGGGUGCCCGACCGAUACUGACUUGGCCGUCAUGCUGUUGGACUACCAUGUUCGUGCAGGCGAGGUCGUCGUGCAGUUGGAAUGCCUGCUGCAGCUGUUCCAGAGGUGCUUUGAGUGCUGCAGCAUAUGCAGCAUCCGUAAGAGUCGUGAGGGAAGGUUCCUCAACGUGACGCAGAAGUGCCAGCAGUGUCAAGCCAGCAGAAAGUGGAGAAGCCAUCCACCUGAACAGAUCAUCAGAGACCCAACAAGCAACCAGGAGGUUGUUGAAGAGACAGUGCUGUUGUCUUUUGGGGACUCGGACUCUGAAUCUGACGAAGAAGUCAAAGAUUACAACCUAUUAAGCCAGGAAGAGGAAGAUCAAAUCAACCAAUCAGAGGAAGAUCUAAUGAGCCAAUCAGAGGAAGAAGUCAAAGGUCACCACCCACCAAACCAGACAUUUGUGGGUGAAGGGUGUCUUGCUGAAACCUCAGAUGAUUUGGGCCAUACAAGGACAGAAAAGGUAAAUAAUUCAGUUAUCCACACACCUGGUGCCUCGAACAACAGGUUACAUGACCAAGAGGAAGAUGACAAAAACGACAGCCAUUCCUCUGUGUCUUGGGAAGUGACGAUUGUUGACAGAAUGGAAGAAGAAAAGUCUGAAGUUCAGGAACCAAAAGAAGAAAUGGAACAUGAGGAUGAAGUAGCUGAUGUAGAAGAAGACUUGGAAAGGCAGGACAGUGUUGAUGAUGAUUGGUAUCCGAACUGUGAGGACGUGGAGCAGUCCUCAGCAUCUGAAGAUAAGGAUUCUGAUGCUGAAUUUGUUCCUAGACCGUGUAGGAAGUCAAAGCGUGAAUUAAAUUCCGAUCCAUAUGCAGAACCCAUCCUGCCUCUGGUUUGGUGCUCUCUCUGUGGGUCCAGGUUUAAACACACCUGCUUCAGACAGCGCCACAGUCGACUCUAUGGCUGUCUCCAGUGUGGCAUUAAAACCAAGAAGAUGGACACUAGUGGUGGCAACAAAGAGGAUACCCCCACUAACAACCAGGAAACCAACAACAGUUGCAACCAGGAUUCUUUUACCAGUAGCAACCAGGAAACCGUAAGAUGUGAAAACCAGGACACCUGCAGUAACCAGGGAACCAUCAGAUGUGAUGAGCAGAACAUUUCUAAUGGUGACAACCAAGGACCUGACUCUGGAUCAAGACAAUGGACAGCAACUGAUGGUAACCAAAGUGGUAGUGGAAGCAGUCAAGGGAUGACUAUUAGUAGCUGCACCCAUGAGACCUCCUGUUGUAAAGUUAGAAGUCCAGGGAUUAGAUACAUUGACAUCCAAGGAUUAGAUUAUAUUGGCCACCAAGUGGCAAACAAAAAUGCCCACGAGGAGUCCUUUAGCCUGAACACUGAAACAUUUCCAGAUGGAGGCCAUUCUCAGGCAGUGCACAUUGAGGACCUGGCUGUCCACUUCAAAAGUCUAAGUGACUUCCAAAAUCAUGCUCUAAAAUGCCACGGUAUUAGGCCCCUUCGCACGCUCUGUGUGGACUGUGGUAAAUUCCUCACCAUGGUGAACCUAGUUGACGGUGGACCCCGUCACAUCUGUGAACACAAAGUUAAACCCAUCGUCUGUCCCAGCUGUGGCAAAAGGUUUGCCACUGAGGUUGGACUCCAAACACACAACGAUCGAAUCCACAGUGAGAAGUACAGCCUCACCUGUCGCUACUGCCUCGAGGCUUUUAAGUCACCUGAAGACAAAGAGGAGCAUGAGAAGAGCCAUGAAGCUGAGGUGCUGAAGUACCACUGCCCUGACUGCUCGCUGCGCUUUUCAGACCGCCCCAGUUGGUGUGCCCACAGGAAGAGCCAUUGGCCCAAUGGGAAGCACAUCUGUGAGGUCUGUAAUAAGGGCUUCCGCUUUGCUGUUGCACUCAUCAGACACAUGGCCGUCCACACAGGGCAAAAGCCCUACAGCUGUAAGCUGUGCGACCGCUCCUUCAACCAACCAGGCCAUCUCAAGUCCCACAUGCGCCUCCACACAGGCGAGAGACCCUUCAAGUGCCAGGACUGUGGGCAGUGCUUCAACCACAACGUCAGCCUCAAGAACCACAUCCAGCGCCACCACGGACCCGGAGCUGAUAAAAGGAACAGCGGAAAAGGAGGAAAAGAUGGAAUUAGAAGGAAAAAAAAAAACAGUUGAGAUUUU